UUGGUUCAGUUUUGGUCAAUGGUUCAGCUGUCACUGGUUCAUGUGACAUUUACUGAGAUGCCUUAUGAUGUCACUAAAGAAUCUCUAAGAAAUUAAACACAUUAGAAAAUUAUACAAGAAAUAAAUAAAAGGUAGAAAGAAUAAAUGAAGGAAAAAGAUGAUAAACAAGAAGGCAGGUACCAAGAUAACAAGAAGCUAUCCCCGCCCUGAUAGAUGAGAGACGAGACGUAACCACCGAAGACAAGAUGCAGUGAGUCAUUGCAAGACUAACGGAGUCAGAUAUUAGCAGCAGAUCACAGGAGAGGAUACCCAGGCAGCGACUACUAGAUCGAGAAGCAAGUGGAAGCAAAUGAAGUGGACAAGACGGGCAGAUAUAUUCCUGAUUAGUGAUUACCAAAGUUACUCGAAAAAAGAACCGUAUUGAAAGUAAAGAAAAUGAACAGUAUGACUGGAGUAUUACAAAAUAAAUCUUAUAUCAAUGGAUAUCUUGUUGGGGCAAAAAGUGGCUUUAACAUCACAUGCAUAUCAUGAGUAGGAGACAGAAAUAGACAGAAGGAAUCAAAAAUAAGUUGUACAGAGCAGUCAGACCUGCGAGGAUCACAAUGGGUAAGUCACCUGUCACAGUUCCAAUAAGUAUAAUCAGAAAACUGUGAUGCAGUCAGAUUAUUAUUGGUGUUACAUAUUGACAGUGGGAUUAGUUGUAUGUAGGAUGUGUAACAUUAAUUACAAUGUUUGUGUACGAUGCAGGUAUCAUUGAGUGUUAAAUAUGUGAAGUGAUUUGGAUGGGAAGUAUAAAAGAAGCACGACACCUAGACCCAUUAAUUGUGAAGUACUCUCCCUACACAACCCACCACCAUUCAUGGUACACAGGCAGGCACCUUAUCAUGCCCAUCCCCUGACUGACCCACUUCUGCAAAAGAUAGUAAUGGCUUAUUUUCAGUGCAUGAUUAGAUUACAGUAAUGGUCACCUACUUACCAAACAAGACCACUGAACAUAGAUACAUCCGCAAAACCCACGCCAAGCUCUCAGUUCCCCGCCAAGGCUGCGCAGUAGCGGGGCAGUAGCUGAGACGCCUGAAACAAAACCCUCACGUCUUGAAAAAAAAAAACUUAUCAGUGGACGCCAUGAAGGACUUGGCGCCGCUUGUGUUUGUGUUGGUGUGUCUCACGCGCGGCGGACUCGCUAGGAGCGCCAGCGGAUGGAUCAAUACCAGGCACCGGGAUGUGGAUAGUGGAGGUGGCAUCUUUGCAGUGGAGUCGCCGCUCCGGUGGACGGGUGUGGAGGCAGACAAUUGGAAGGAAGAGGAAGAGGUUGAUGAUGAGACUGCAAGUUUAAGAGAGGCGAUACUAAAGGCCGUGCAGCGUAACAGAUCACAAGAAGUUCAUGGUAGAAUACCCAUGUCACCAGCAGGCCACGUGACCUCUGCCCAGACGACCUUCCUUGACCUGGUGCACCUCUAUCUGCCUGACCUGACCAAGGUUAAUCCACACUGCCGCAGGGACCUCACCGCCAUCUACACAGCCAUGGCACACUUGAGCACCAUGAUCCCGAAGGGCGAGCUGUGGCCCCUGCAGCUGGUGGACUCGUGGGGUAAAUUCGGUGACGGCCUCCUACUCGGGAACGUAAAACAGCUCGGGUUCUUUGAGGAGUGUCUCAACAUAAGAGUCUUCCAGCCUUCCUCGGAUCUCAAAAUGUCUCAGAAACUCCCUCUCCAGUCUGUCGGUGUGCUCUCCAGGCUCCUCAACGCGGCUCAACAAUCUCACAACAGCAUACCAGACCAGAAAGAUGCAAAUAGACGUGUUUCCUCCGAUCUUCCAAGUUUUAAAGCUGAGAAACGUUCUACUGCCAUCCCUCCCGCUGACUUUAGUGGCCAGUACUGCUUGGUGACCUACGCGUCCGCCAAAGAGAAGCUGAAACCUUUGCUGAACUUGAGGACUCCUGCCUUGCCUAUACUGCUUCCCCAAACCCUCUCUUUCAUGGCGUACGGCACCUGUAUGCCCUCCACCUGCACGCCGCUAGAGCUCCAGGAGACGAUGAACGAGACGCUGCAGGAGGUUGAGCUCAAAGUGUCCUCUCUAGAUUGUCAAGUAAAGAACCACCGUCACUCUCUCCAUAGCUCCGAGAUUACUGGGAUUGUCCUCCUGGCGGUGCUGACGUCCCUGCUGGUGGUGGCUGCGUGUGCUGAUCAGGUGACGCAGUACGAGGAGAGGCAGCAUCUUAGGGAAGGUCCACUUCGGUACCUGUUGGCAUUCUCACUCACGACUAACCUGCACAAGAUGAUGCACCUGGAGACUCGCAAAGUACCUGACGUCAUCCCUUCCAUUCAUGCAAUCAGGUUCCUAUCCAUUGGGUGGGUGGUGUUGGGGCAUCAAUGCGCCUACUCCAUCCAGACAAGCCAAAAUGCUGCCGACUUGCACGAGCUCACCAAGCCGACCUACGCUCAAAUCAUGACCAACGCUGACCUCUCCGUUGACACUUUCUUCACGCUAAGUGGCCUGCUGGUGACCUUGGCGCUACUCGGCGUGGUCACCAGGACAGGACGCUUCAACUUCUUUCUCUAUCUUCUCCACCGCCUGCUGAGGUUGUGGCCGCCAGUGGCCCUGAGCGUGCUGCUGGUGGCCACAGUGUCAGGGCUGGCUGUGACGGGGCCUUACGCAGAGCAGUACUGGACCUCCGUGGUGAAGGGGUGCCGUCAGUUCUGGUGGAUGGACAUAAGUUUAACGACGAACCUCAUCUAUCCUUACAGCAGUCACUUCCACAAGGAGAAGGGCGAGGCGGCCAGUUGCCUACCCCACACUUGGUACCUUGGCGUCGACACUCAGCUCUACCUUGUGAUGCCCUUGGUGCUCCUGCCUCUAGUCUGGUGGAGGAGAAGAGGGUUGGCGUGGCUUGGUUUCUGGACAGCUGUCUCCGUCAUCACCCCUGCAGCCAUCAUAGGGGCGUACCAGCUGUGGCCCGCGUCCCUGCAGGUGGUGGACCCACUCGCCCAGCAGCAGUACGUGGACAAAGUGUACAUGAUGCCUUGGUGCCGCGCGGGGCCGUACCUGGUGGGGGCGUGGGCAGGGUACUUCAUCUACUGUGGCAGGAGCAACCCUUCCGUCACGCACCUCAGCCCAUGGCAACGGUUUUUAGGGUGGGGAGUAGCGAUGGGCGUGUUGCUGGCAGUGCUGUUUGGCAUCGCGCCCUACAACUAUGUAGGGACGCCUUCCGAGGUGCCCCAGAUGAGCACGGCGGAGGCUGUGCUGUACGGCGGCGUACACAGGGCGGCGUGGGGAGCUGCAGUAUCAUGGGUGAUCGUUGCGUGCACUUUGGGGUAUGGAGGACCCGUGGCGUAUAUACUUGAGCACCCAAUCUGGCAGCCCUUCAGCCGCCUCUCCUACUGCAUCUACCUCACCUCGCUGCCCAUCCAGUACGUUGUGCUCUACUCCAUCAAGCGACCAGCCUUCUACUCCUUCUACAACAAGGUGCAGGAGACGGCGGGCGUGAUGCUGGUGAUAGCGGCAGUGUCUGUGCUUGUGUCCCUCAUAUCUGAGUCGCCAAUAAUUCGCCUGGAGAAGAUGCUGCUGCGGAGGCCGACGGAAGCCCGGUCUCGCCUGCCUCCUGAGGACACCACGACCAUUACGCCCGUUCCUCACCACGACCAGCGGCGGAGGAACCUCAGACUCUCCUCCACAAUGGCCUCUCCAGUUCCCUUCGCGUCAGCAACGGUAACGCCAAAAGCAACGGCAACAUCUCCAACAUCUAGAACUCCUGACGGCACACACCUGACGGCAUACAUCUGACGGCAUACACCUGACGGCAUACAUCUGACGGCACACACCAGACGGCACACACCUGACAGGGGUAUUGGGGAAGCAGUUAUAUAAUUAUGUACUGUAUAUGUGAUGUUUAUAUCAUUUGUUCUUUUUUAUCGUGUGUUUUUACGUGUUUUUGUUAGUUCAGUAACAUAAUAGGCAAACACUAACAAGCAGAUGAUUGCGUUUUAACUUUUUUGUCUACCAGUAUUGAUCUGUCUGCUCUCAUUUCUGUGUGUGUGUGUGUGUGUGUGUGUGUGUGUGUGUGUGCGUGUGUGUGUGUGUGUGUGUGUGUGUGUGUGUGUGUGUGUGUGUGUGUGUGUGUGUGUGUGUGUGUGUGUGUGUGUGUGUGUGUGUGUGUGUGUGUGUGUGCUCGCGCGCGCACUUAUAUUUUGUAUGCACAUUUGUAUAUAUUAUCGUGAGGAUCUAGUGAGUAUAAAAAUUAUAAUUUAUGAUACAUGUAUGUAUAUAUUUAUGUAUGUAAGCGUGAAUAUAUAUGUAUGUAUAUCUUGUCAGUAUGAAAUCUGUAUGAAUGCAUGAACCACGUCUCAUAAUAUUCACCACAAUAUCAACAUUCACGACCGUCACUUCUCAUCACAACCAACACAAUUCCACGAGUCACGUCUUGUCACGCCGCCCCUCUGAUGCUGUUAGUGGCGUGCUUCCCUCCCUCCCUCCUCUCCUCAUGCAACCUUCAUUAAAUAACUUAUCACUCUUUUGUUCUGUUCACCUCAUUAAGAACCUCACCAAUACCUUAAAUUCUUAAACCAUUUCACGGAUUAAAUUUACAAUCCCCCUUUGUUCUGGUCUCUCCUUUACAACUUUCACCUAUCAUUCAGUCUCCCCAUCAGGAAACCCAAGACGGGAAUAUCACAAUCAGUUUUGGAUCAAAAAUCAAUGUUCAGUGACUCUUACAUCCUCCAGCCUUAAAGGGAACGUGGUUUUCAGCGCCCCUUUACACACUACAGCUUUGUGCCCUUUGUCCAUUGAUUCGUAAAAAAACAUGUUUAUGAUGAUCUUUUCUCGCAUUACACUCAUCAUGAGAGGCCAUAGUGGUGCAUCGCGAUGGAGUAAUUUCAUCCGUUAUCUUUUUUUUGUUUUGUUAUAAUGAAUACAAAGAACAGUAUUAUAUUCCUACGACUUUUAGCUUCUCUUAGGCAUUGUAGUUUGUGAAUCUUAUCAUUCUGUUUACUGGAUCUAUUUAAUAAUAAUAAUAAAAAAAUAUUCUGACUUU